UCCUCUUGCUUUUUCUAUUAAGAUUUGUGAAAAAAUACCAAAUAUGUUUAUAUAUACAUACAUUUGUGCUUUGAAAUAAAAUAUUGUGUGUCACCGUGACAAACAUUUAGCAUAUUUUUCAUUCUUUCUAAUACCUAUGAGCUACAUACAUACAUAUAUCCAAAGUAAAGGCACUCCGCUCUAUGUUAAAAAAAAAACACCGAUUCUUCGUUAUCUAUGGCUCAAAUAAUUUAUUGUCAUUGCAGUUGAUAUAAAGAUUAACGAAACUGCAAUGAAAACCUCCCAGCAAAGUUUAAAGAAGGAAAAAGAGUGUUUGAUUUAUUUAAAAGUCUGUUGCUAGUGAAUGUUUUUUGUUGGAAAAGUUGUUGAUUUUAAAAGCUAUGCAAUCGACGAACUCAAUCAGUAGCAUAAAAAUGAAGCAGUGAACCCGCAAUGAACAACUAACUAAAAAAUUUAAAACGUUUGAGUCAUCCCCACUUUGCUAUCGAGCGUGACGUGUAGAGAGAGAGGAAAGAGAAAGCUUUUCUUAACAAAAUCUCAACAGAAAAAUUUCCCUGUUCUUAACUUAGUGUCUCUCGAUGUUCUUAAGUGUGUUUAAUCAAGUGAAUAUGCAAUGAAAUUCGAAUAAACAAUAAACGCAGUCUCGUAGUCUGAGCAAAACAAAUAAACGAUAAAAAGUGAAAAACGUGUUCGCAUACGAAUAUUAAAGCCUCCUCCAUGUGUUGAUGUACAUUUAUGUUCCAUGUACAUACGUACAUAUGCUUUACGAAAGACGCUCGUUAUUGCUCUCCCGUCUAAUUUGCCCAGUAUUUGUACUCGCACUCGUAUAUGGUGUGGAUACUGAGAAAGCAACGUAGGCCAGUAGGGGGGUAAAAGCUUUUUCUUGGCGCAUUCUCACGUUCCCUCUUUUGCACUGCUUCGCCCUCUUUUGCGUUGUGAUACCGAGAGUGCUUUUAAUGUAAAACUCAACUACUGCCAAAAUGAGUAACGAUUCAACCGCUUGUGAAACAACACUGUUUUGUCGACCGGAAAGUCAAAAUAGUGCAGACGUGUCGUCGUCGUCUCCGUUGUUGUUAAUAAAAUCGCGUGACGUGGAAAAACGUUAUUGCAAUCUAAAUCACAACUGCAACAAUAGUAGCAGCAGCAAUUGCAGCUGCAGUAACAACAACGACAAUAGCAACAAUAGUGGUAACACAAGCAAAACCACUGUUACAACAACAGCCACAGUGGCAAUUGCAAAUUUGAAUAACAACAACGUUGAAGUACGUGUGGGUGACGAUACCACAGAGGAAUCGUCGCGCGAACACGUUUCUAAAACAAUCAUAAUGGAUCACAACAAAAGAGUCUUACAUCGCGUGGUAUUGGAUGUGUUCAUUCUGCUCUGCGUGGGCCUUCCGAUUUUGUGCUUCUAUAUUUGGGGCUCUGCCUAUCAGCGUGGGUUCUUUUGCGAUGACGAGUCGCUGAAGCAUCCCUUCAAAGAGUCAACCGUGCGGAAUUGGAUGUUAUAUAUCAUCGGUUUGGUGUUACCCGUUGGAGUGAUUUUUGCCGUUGAGAUCGUGAAAUCGGAACACAUAAAAUCCUCGAUGGAUGAUUCCAUUCCAACCCGGCGAUAUAUUUUUAUGGACUAUGAAAUUCCCGCCUGGCUGGUGGAAUGCUACAAAAGUAUUGGUGUUUUCGGAUUUGGUGCUGCUAUUUGCCAGCUAACAACAGACAUCGCUAAAUACUCGAUUGGGCGACUGAGGCCUCACUUUUUCGCAGUCUGUCAGCCAAUAUUGUUCGACGGCACUACUUGCGAUGAUUCCAUAAACGUGGGAAAAUACAUCGAGUACUUCACGUGUAAAGGUGAUGAUUCCACAAAGCGCAUGUUGAAGGAAGUCCGUCUCUCUUUCCCCAGCGGCCACUCUAGCUUUACAUUCUACACGAUGGUUUAUACUGCGCUAUACUUACAAUCACGCAUGAAUUGGCACGGAUCGAAAUUGUUGCGGCAUUUUCUGCAGUUCCUAUUUAUUAUGAUUGCCUGGUACACAGCCCUGAGCCGGGUGUCUGAUUAUAAACACCAUUGGUCUGAUGUGCUGGCCGGUUCGACGAUCGGAGCAUUCACUGCUGUGAUCGUGGCGAACUACGUUUCCGAUUUGUUUCAACGAAAAUCAACGCAACAAUAUCUACUGCCACGUACAUCUCAAGACGCACAACCACAGACGAUAACUCACAAUGGUCAUUAAUCUCCAGCUCUGGACAGUAUUUCGCCUUUUACCCGCAAAGCGUUUUAGACUAUAAGCUUAGAUUUACUAUAUAUUUAUACACAUACAAGUGAUGACAGCGCCUUUUAUUCUGAAGUCGUCGUUAUGCUAUUUAUUUUAUCGAUGUGAGGAAAAAAUAUCUAUAAGUAGUAGCUUUAAUGAUAGUCGACAGUAAGUUAGUUAUUAAAUUGACACACCAUUGCAUGUAUACAACUGUAUACAUGUCGUUUUACAGUUA